UUUUUUUGCAACCCCACCCAGAUAGUUGCUGUUGUACAAAAGAAGUACGUUUGGAAGAGCUGCUUGGGUGUAGCUGAUCACAUAUUCACCCUGUUAGCUUCAGCUGGCUUGUAGAGUUCCUGUAUCCAGAACAUUGAGAACACAGAGCUUUUUCAAAUAAAACUAGCUGUUCCCUAUGUCAGAUCAGUUCAUGUCUGUACAGAUGGUUUCUCAACUGGAUUAGCCAGUAACAUCCUUGGCAAAGGCUCUGAAUGAUGGGUUUUGUUCAUUUGGGUUUGGGGGAUUUUUUUGUUUCUCUGAUCAUACUCAUAAAGGAAAAAUUGCAAAGAAGAGAGCCAAAGGAAAGUCAAGAGGCAUUGUACUAGAAGGAAAAGAUUAUAGCAGGGAGGCAUAAUGUAUCAAGUGAAAGACCAUUCCUGUCUAUUGAGGAUUUUCUCAGGAAUGUGAAUGUACAUGUCUACCAGAAGAAUGGGAAAAGAAGGGCUGACACUUUGUGGGGUUCAGACAAAAGAAUAUAGAUCCUUUUUUCAUUCACAUCAGGUGGUCCAUGGAAAUUAAAUUGCCCUCACAGUGCAGGGGGGAGUUCCUGUCCAGAAUGGAUCACAGCAUGGUGGUGACUGUAAAGAGGUUUUCUCUUCCACUACCUUGCUCCACGGGGCAUUUAUUUGAAGAGCAUAAUUAGGAUAUGCAUCUGGAAAAAAACACCACCAGGCACAGCUACAGUGACAUACUAGAACCCAAGUGUAUUUUAGUCUACUGUGGAUGAUAGAAAGGGAACUGAGACGAGCAGCAUCAAAACUUACUUCCCAUGAAAUCUCUCUCUCCAUUUCUUCACGUACUUUGGCUUAUUCACAUAUAAACCUCCUUCUGUAAGGAAGUUAGGCUAUUUAAAUGCCAUGAAAGAAGACUGAUUUAAGAGGAAACUUGAAAAAGAGAGUGAAGACCUGGCAGGUGAGGACAGGAAAGAUGUCUGUGCUUUGGACAGAGGACACAGAGAAGCUUGGCAAACCCUUGGCCUGGGGUUUAUAGUGUGGCUGUCAGCGCCGCAGCUGAUUUCUCCAAGAGCUGGGAGGUGGUGAAGGAAGUUUGUCGUUGGCUGAGUUAGUCUUAGAUUGGGGAGGGCGGUGAGAUGCAGGAACUGAGAGUCUUUUAGGUUUUUUGGAGACAGGGAUGAGAAGAUUGUUUGUGAAAGCAACUGGAAUGGGGCAUGGAAAAAUCCAGGAAGGCUGUUUUACCCACGGGGUGAAACUCUCUCUUUGGUUUGGACUGUAGCCAGUGGCACAGAGUAACAGAAACGAUGGAAUUCGUGCAUCUGCUGCUUGGCCGGUCCUUGCUGGAGACUGUCAGGGCAAAUGGAGCUGCCUGUUCUGGAACCAUUUUAGCUAGAAUCAGCUCCCAGAAGACGGUUGUUAAUAACUCAUGUCUCACCAGCCCUCUCCUCCUUCACUCCACUCCCUAAAAACUGGGCUGAGAGACUGUGCAGGAAUUUGGGCUCUCUUGGGUAGGCCAGCAGCAAGGCGAUGGGCUCUUGCUGAGGUAAUCUGCUAAAGCCAUUCCCAUUUUGCAAAGCAGCCACAAUUCAAAGCACAGUCGUGUUUGAACAUUGGACUGACUUUUCUGUCUAUUUUAAUGCUUUAAACAGGGCUGUGCAUUCAGCAGUUAUUUGUGUAAGCAUUCUCCAGGCAUUUGAAAAAGCCUUCUGUUCUCCAGAAAAGAGGAGGAAAGGGGCCGGAAGGAACUAUGUGGGGCAGAGUAGGGGCAAGUGAUAGGGGAGCAGCCAAAAAGAGGGGUUUGGCUGAGCUUGUGUGUGGGUGACUGUGGGCAGACACAGUGCUGCACAUAGACUUGCUAGGGCUCUCCCACACCUGGUAUUAAAUCAGAAGAAAGCCUUCCACCUUCUGUUGCUGGGAGUUAUGCUCUUUAGAGCCGAGUUCGACAGUUGUUAUUGCAAUUUUGUGGUGCUCUUUUGAUUUACAGCUGUUUUUACGACCAUUGAGGCAGCCACAAAUCGAGGAAAUCUCAUAAAACAGAGAGUAAACGUCUCCUUCACAACCCAGGCAGAGUUUUGGCAUCCGUGCUUAUUCCAUAGAGCAGGAUGUGUAAACAAUAUUGUGUCCCCUGAGUGGCUGAUAUCAGUACAGUUAAGUGGUAACAGCUUGAAAAAUGCAUUUCUCGUAUAUUAGCGGUAAAACUCGAAAUGGGCCCCCAGGCUAAAGUAAAUUGGUGACAUUUUGCAGCAGAAAGGGAACAAAAAAAAUGAGGGCAAGGAUUGAAAAUGCAGAGCCCCAGCUUUGAAAGCAGUGGGACUGGAGCCAGAGUUGGAUUUAUCUGCAUUAUUGCAGUAUGGAAAUAAAUGGAUCCACCACACUUGUUGCAGAGCAUAUCUAAUUGGAGAAGACAUAUUACAUGUUAGCCGCAAACGGUGGACGGCCCCCUUCACCGCCGCCUUACACAGAAGAUGAGGCUUCUGUAGGCUCUGAGAAGCUGUUCUCCCCUGCAGCAAAUAAAGGUCCCACCUUGAAUGACAAGCCAGAAGCAAAAGCAGCCAAUGUCCCAAAGGUGUCUGGGCUAGAGCGGAGCCGGGAACUGAGCACCGACGUGCCCUUCGCCCUGCCUAUCCCCAGCCCCCAGCCAGUAGCUGCCGUUGUGACUUCUACUUCCUCAGCGCCCACGUCAAGUGCCAGAGCAAGCCCACUGUUGAAGAAGGAGCCAGUGAUUUCAGCACCAGCACCACCAAGGCUCACGCCUCAGCCGCAGCCUCGGCCACAGUCACAACCUCAACCUCGGCCGCAGUCGCAGCCUCAGUUAAUACCAGAGCUUCGGACCCAGCCUCCGAGUCACAUCCCUCCACCUCUCAACUACCAAGUGCAUCACCAGGUGGCCCACAACGGACUCAAUAAUAUCAGCCGGAGCAGCAGUGCUAGCAGUGCAACAAGCAUCAGCCUCCCGAAGCACCUUCCCCUGUCGCCCCAGAUUCCUCCGCACCAUUCCUCCGGCCCAGCUCUGCCCCUCUCCAUCUCUAAUCUUGCUACCUCGCACUUCUCUCUCAGAUCGCAGACCCAGCACCAGCACCAUCCGGCCAUGUUCGCCACCCCACCUACGCUGCCACCUCCACCAGCGUUACCUACCAACAGCCUCGUGAUACCAGGUCACCCUGCAGAUCACGAACUGCUCAGGCAAGAGCUGAACAACCGGUUUUUGGUUCAGAGUUCGGACCGGGCCGCUGCCUCACUUGGCCCGGUGCCGCUGCUGAGAGCGGAGUUUCACCAGCACCAACACACGCAUCAGCACCAACACACCCACCAGCACACAUUCACUCCUUUUCCAUCCAGCUUGCCCCAGACGCCGCUCAUGCCGCCCUCUGCACCUCCCAUGGUGCGUACCCCAGCCCAAAAUUUUGACAAGUACGCUCCCAAAUUAGACAACCCUUACUUUCGACAUUCCAACUUCUUUCCAACCUAUCCUCCAGCAAUGCCUGGAAUGCCACCCAUGCUUCCACAUUCAGGUCCCUUUGGGUCACUUCAGGGAGCAUUUCAACCGAAGACUUCAAACCCUAUUGAUGUAGCAGGUAGACCAGGCACAGUCCACCAUACCCUGCUGCAGAAGACUCCAGGGGUGUCAGACCCUUAUAGGCCUCCAGUAAGAGUAAGUAAGAAGCCCGGGAAGUGGUGUGCGGUUCAUGUACAGAUCGCCUGGCAGAUCUACCAUCACCAGCAAAAGAUAAAGCAAAUGCAGCUGGAUCCCCACAAGCUAGAGAUAGGUGGUAAACUUGACCUGUUCAGCAGACCUCCCGCCCCUGGGGUGUUUCCAGGCUUCCAUUAUCCACAGGAUCUUGCCAGGCCUCUGUUUUCUACCACAGGUGCGACACAUCCAGCCACCACCCCUUUUGGUCCUUCACCUCACCACAGCAGUUUCCUGCCCACUAACCACUUGGCAGGUAAGUAUCCAUUUAGCAGGUCAAGCACCUUCAGCGGCCUUGGGAACUUAGGCAGCAAUGCCUUUGGAGGAUUAGGCAGUCAUGCUCUGACUCACAACAACAUUUUUACUCACAAAGACGGCCCAAACCUGCAGAAUUUCAAUAAUCCCCAUGAGCCAUGGAAUAGACUCCAUCGGACCCCACCGUCCUUCCCAACACCUCCACAGUGGCCCAAGCCCACUGAUUCUGAGCGAAGCUCCUCAGUGACAAACCAUGACAGAGACAGAGAGCGGGAGCGAGAGCCCGAGAAGAGGGAUCUUUCUCUGAGCAAAGAUGACAGAGACAAAGAGAGAGACCUCAUGGAUAAAAACAGACAUUCAAACAGAUCCUCACCGGCAUCGGCUCCAGUGACACAUCAGAUAAGCAAUCUCAUCCGCAGCAACAGCCAAACCUCCAGUGAUCCCAUCAGGCAGGUUAGCCUCAGUGAAAGGGAAAGGUCCAAAGAACCCGAGCGAGAGCACCCUGACCGGCUGAGAGAGCCGCCCAUAGCAGAACAUAAGAUUAAAGAGAGCCGUUCCCCAGUGAAGGAAACUCCAAGCCAUGAUAAGAGACCCUCUGAGGACAACACAAAGCCAGUAAUCCAGUCUGUAUCCCCAUACAGCAAACCUGCACUAAGCGAGAGCUUGAAGCUUACCAAUCUAAUGAGCAAGGACAUGGAGAGAAAGACAGAGCUUCCCAGCGACCUCCAGAAGAUUAAGAAUGACAUCAAAGUCAAAGAGGAGAGGAAGGAAGACAGUGAUGUGCUGGUGGUAGGGUCUGAACCCUCACAGCACUCCCGAUCAGUGGAGCAUCCCCCACCACCUACUUUGCAUGGAUUAUCAUUGCCUCAUUCAAUGGCUGCCUCUAUGCCCAUCUCCAUGGGCAGCGUGCACCAGAUGAACAACAUGAAUGUUCUGGACCGCAGCAGAAUGAUGACCCCGCUCAUAGGCAUGAAUCCUUUGUCAGGAAGAGAGAGGCUGCCACAUCCCGGAUUUUCUUGGGACCCAAUGAGGGACCCAUUGCGAGAUGCCUACCGGAGCUUAGACCUGCACCGUCGAAUGGACUUCCAGCUCCGGACGGAUCCUAUCCAUAGGUUCCCUACCACCUCCGGAUUUUACGACCAUGAGCGUUCUUAUAGAGACAGGGAACCGCACGACUAUAACCAUGAAAACCUUCUUGAAGCCCGCCGAGAGCAGGAGCGGUUGCGGCAAGUGGAGGAAAGAGAGCGCUUGCACUUACGGGAAGAACUUGAGCGUGCCAGAAUGCACCACUUGCACUCGUCCCCCAUCGAAAGUCACCUGGCACACGUGCCAUCCUUCAUGCCUCAUUUAAGCGGGAUGCAUUACCCCAGACUGAGUCCAUCCACUGCCAUGCACAAUGGGAUUUUAAACAGGAACCCACCAACCGCAGCGCUGAGCGCCCCACCGCCUCUCGUACCAGCGAGCAGCACCAGACCUGCCUCCCCACGCAGGACUACUCCGCUCACAAACUCAGAGGCCAGGGACUAUUCCCCCUCUAGGAACCCCAAAGAAGUAGAGGCACGAUAGUCCCCACCAGUGAAUUUUCAACUCACCUGUAUAUAACACAAGCAAACAAAGAAACAAACAGAAAAACAAACAGAAAAAAACCAACAACAGAAACCAACAAACCUUUUACAAAAUGCACUGCUGUAAACUUUUUUUUUUUGUUUUUAAAUGUAAAAUUUGUAGAAGUUAAGCACAUUUCCAUAAAUAACGGGGUCGGGGAUGCAGACUUUCCAACAAGAAGGUUGCUGAGAAUGGGAAUUUAAUAUAUAGGUCUUGAUUUUUGGUUUUGUUUUUUUGUUUCUGUGCUAAAAAAAAAAAAAAAAAGAAAAACCACAAAAAAAAAAGGA